AUGCAGUUGCGGAAGUCGAGCAAGAGGCUAGUGGCGGUAGACAAGACUAAAUGGUGCGAGUACCACCGCUCGGCGGGCCAUGACACUGAUGACUGCUUCACUUUGAAGAAAGAGAUUGAGAGGGUGAUCAAGACGGGACGCUCACAGCAAUAUGACCGAGGCGAUCGUCAGCAGGGUGAUCGCCCGCAAGGGAACCGCCAACGAGAGGAGCGCCGACAGGACAACCGUCGCUCGACCCCAACGAGGGACCGGAAGGAGACAUUGGCGACUGAAAAGAAGAAAGCUGAGGAGACCUUUAACAAAUAUCUGGAGCCGCCAGUUGGAACCAUCAAUACAAUCGCCGGAGGCUUCGGUGGCAGAGGUGACUCUCAGGCGGCGAGGCGAAGGCACGUCAAAGUGGUAAGUUCAGUACAAGAGAUUCCGUUUGGUUUUCAACAUCCAGAUAUAGUUGUGUCGUCGGUUGAUUUUGAAGGGAUCAAGACCCACAAGGAUGAUCCUAUAGUGGUCAUGGUAAGGAUCAAUAGUUUCAACGUAAGGCGAGUACUCCUGGAUCAAGGCAGUUCGACGGAUAUAAUCUACGGCGACGCGUUCGACCAACUGGGACUGACAGAUCGAGACCUGACGCCGUACACAAGAACUUUGGUGGGAUUUUCUGGAGAACAAGUUUGGGUGCGCGGCUACCUGGAUCUUGACAUGAUUUUUGGUAUUGAUGACAACGCAAAGGUUCUGCGAGUAAGGUAUUUGGUUUUGCAGGUGGUAGUGUCAUACAACGUCAUAAUUGGUCGGAACACAAUGAAUCGCCUGUGCACAAUGAUUUCAACGGCUCACCUGGCGGUGAAAUAUCCGCUAGACAGUGGUAAGGUAGGAAAGUUAACGGUUGAUCAGCGGCGGGCGACACAAAGGGAGCUGUUGUGGGUCACAAGUGCCACAAAAUUGAGGUUUUAG